AACAACUAUCGUCAGAUAUGUUACCGCCUUUGUUACUCUGCGCAUGAUCCUGAUAUAAAUACUCCACUCCAUAAAACCGACAAGUUCUUUGAGGGCGAUAGUUUCAUCUCCCCGGCCCUCGAUAACAAAAUACAAAAUACCCGAGAGAUUGCGGCUCUACAAGAUGACCUCCCUCAGCACCUUUCAAUGUUUUAAUAACCUCCCUAAGGAACUCCGUAUUCUGAUCUGGGAGUACCACUUUGAAAGUGCUCGUAUCCACGUCAUCCAUCCUUCUCCUGAGACUCAUUUGCGAAAUCCGAAGAGGGACGUUCUUCUAUUUCAUUGUACCGUUCUGGACUCGGCCACCAACCUCAUCAUUCCGGAUGGCCUGCCCCCGUCUCUCUUGAUCAACCAUGAGGCUUAUAACAUUGCCAUGUCGUGUAAGCGCCAGUGGACGCCCGUCAUUUUCACCAAUGACCUUGCCGACUCGGUCAGCUCAGGCCGAGCUCGCGUGCAUUUCCAAUUCUCUCUGACUGCCGGUUCGAACGUCCCUGUCGAGUUUAAUGAUACGCGGCCGCAAGCGCGCCCCGUCUACGUUGACUGGGAGCGCGAUAUGCUCUACCUCUGCGUAUCGAACGCCGAGCAAGCGUUCUGGUCGAUGCGCACCGUGCGCUGGCGAGACCGCGUGAGGAAACUGGCCGUGCUCGUGCCGCAGAGCGAAUUCGACAGGGCCAUCCCUUUCGGUCCGACGGAUCCCAUCCGCGAAGUCCUGGAAUCCAUGACGGAGCUCGAGGAGCUGUUCGUCGUGCUGGUCCCUCAGGUCGACGGUCUUGUCCCUGUCGCUGCUACUCCUUCCUCUAAUGUACUGACCGGUCUUUCAAGAGAUGGGUUCGGCUUCGUCCCUUACGUCGAGUAUCUCAAGAAAGUCGGCCUCACAAGCAAUCACAUUCUUUACACUCGCACCGCCAUGUCCUUCCGCGAGGCUCUGGCGGACUUACCUAAUAAAAUCAGGCUCAAGAGAGUCGUCGAUGUGGAUUGCCUUACUUGCUCUUUCGGCUACUAUCGACGUAGUCUCAGUCUCUGUUUUUGAACUACCGUUAUUUCGAUAGUUCCUAGGUGACAGUUUACGACUUUGUCUAUAUGGUUGGUUUUCACCUUUCAGUCUACUCAGCAUCUCAGAGGGCAUAAGUGCAUAUAAUCGGGUUCAAUUGAGUAGAGAUACGAGGGAGGACAUUGAGAAUUUCUGCUCCUUUAUCUACAGGGGUAUAUACGGUCUCUAUCGCCAACACAAGAAUAUUCCCAGGCUCUCCAAACAUAGAUCUCCGCGUCUUAGGUGCGUCUAGUCUACAAUAUGCCAAGCCUGGAGGUUACCACAGAGUCCUCAAUUAACACUUCGUCUAGCGUUGAUGAAGUAGCGGUACACAUAUCAAGGAAUGCAUUAUAAUGAGGCA